AUGCGAACGUCCAAGAUCUCGCAGGAAACCACACGAAUAUUCAAUGGGUUAUCACCGAAUGCUCGCGCCGGACGAUCCACGAGGCGCUCGAAGCGACUGGCUUCCUUUGCACUAGGUUUCAAUCCGGAUGUUGAGGCAAAAGAAGAAGAUGAGACGUCGGCGGAUGAGGCGGGCGCGGGCGUCGCUUCGACUGCAGAUAUUGAGGACGUCCUAAGCACAUCGUCGCGCUCGAGCAGAAAACGAAAGUUUGGAUCAGACUCGCCGUUUACUGCGACAGUUGUCUCAACCACAACCGAAUGGACUUCGCCGCGCAGGAUCAAGCAGGAGGAUGACGAUGAGGAUGAGGGAAAAAGAGAGUCAUCGCCCAGUGGGCGUGCGAGGUCAAAACCAAAAAUUCCGGCACGGAGGACAACCUCGCCAUCAGGGACAGUACGAAUACAUCCUCCUUCCAGCUGGGGUGAGAUGUACGAUACAAUCAAGGCCAUGCGGUACAGGAAUCCAACUGCUCCAGUCGACACGAUGGGCUGUGAAGAGCUCUUUUGGCCUGCCGCUCCACCGCGAGAGAAACGCUACCACAUCUUGACGAGUCUAAUGUUAUCCUCCCAGACAAAAGAUACGGUGACAGCAGUCGCUAUGCAACGUCUACACACAGAACUAGUUCCUCAGUCACCCACUCCAAACGACGAAGUACAGCAAUCGACCCUCACAGUCGACAACAUAAUCGCCUGUGACCCAAAACAUCUCGACAGCCUGAUCGGCAAAGUCGGUUUCCACAACAACAAAACAAAAUAUAUCAAGCAAGUCGCGACAAUGCUCAAGCAGGAAUACAACUCCGACAUCCCCAACACUAUAGAAGGCUUGAUCCGUCUACCAGGAGUGGGUCCCAAGAUGGCGUACCUCUGCAUGUCUGCCGCGUGGGGCAAAGAUGAAGGAAUUGGCGUAGACGUUCACGUCCAUCGCAUCACAAACCUCUGGGGGUGGCAUAAGACCAAGACCCCGGAGGAGACGAGAGCGUGGUUGGAGGGUUGGCUGCCUCGCGACAGAUGGCAUGAGAUCAACACGUUGCUUGUGGGUCUGGGGCAGACGGUGUGUCUGCCCGUAGGGCGGAGGUGUGGCGAAUGCGACCUUGCCGGAACAGGCUUGUGCAAGGCAGAGAUUCGAGGUUGGAAGGCCACAGAGAGACGAGUAAAGAAGGAGAAGGUGGAGGUAGACAUUGAAGAGGGGAUUGAGGUCUUGAAAAGGGAGACAGAGGACAGUAGGAGGGUGGAAAUUAAAGAAAUGGUUGAGGGAUGA